GCACAAAACUAUAGCUCUGAACUGCAGUAUCUUUCCAUGAAGAUUGCUGUACACUGUAGACUGUAUAAUUAUAUAAUACAGGAUAUCUAGAGACAGACAAUGGCUAAGCAGUCCUCGAUCAAUAUGGAGACUAUCUCUGAGGAACCUUCUGAAAUACCACCUCCCAUCAGCUUUUCAUCUUCAGUUUUAGUUGCUAAGGCAGCCAAACGACGUCGAUCCACCAAUAGAAGCAUAUCGUUCAGAACCAGAAGAUCAUCUUUAAACCUAGAGAUGUGUAUGUACAAGGAUUCUGUAUCUGCAGUCACACUAGCAGCUAAAGGAAGGCUGGACGAACUCAAAACCUUGAUAAAGGAGCACACCAUGACACUGAGUGAGGUGGACAAAGAUGGCCGCACUCUCUUACAUCAUGCUGCCCUACACAGCCAAGAACUUGUCAUGUCCUUUCUAAUAAACAGUGGCAGCAAUCUGGAUGCUGCAGAUAACAAAGGGAACACUGCUCUCCAUCUUGCAGCUGAGAAUGAUCUCCCAGAAGCUUGCCACCACCUCUUGGCCAAUGGAGCAAAUGAUUCCAUUCUCAACAAGGACUUGUACACUCCCCUGCAUCUAGCAGUACAAGGGAAGAACAAAGCACUCCAGGCAAUCUUAGAUCACCCCGUGGAGUACUCUAGUGCCGGUUAUUGCAGCAAAACACCGCUCCAUAUCAUCUGUGAGAACGACAACAUUGAAGCCAUGAUUAUUUUUGAAAAUAAAGUUCUAGUGAAUUUGCCAGAUGCUGAAAAGAAAAAUGCAUUAAAAAUAUUCAAGACAGAUGACAGUGGGCUAACGCCGAUCCACCUAGCAGCUCGCAAGAACUCUCACAGGGUUCUCAACUAUCUGAUUCAAAAGUGUACACAAUACGGAUACACAAUGGAGGAGGUGUUUGGAUUUCUGGAUGAGGAUAAUACCACACCACUCCACGCUGCUGUCGACAGCUGCAACACUGAAGUUGUGGAGGUGCUGCUCAAGCACGGAGCCUCCCCAGUUGACUCUAAGGGCGACUUAAUACCACCUCUGCAUCUGGCCUGCUCGCAAGGAAGAUCCGACAUGGUCAAAAUGAUGGUGGAGCAUACUGGGCCUCAGAUAAUUUCAUCCACGGACCAACAGCAAAAGACACCGCUCCACCAUUGUACUCUCUCCAUCCACAGUUCCUGUAUGAUCCCCUACCUGGUCGAAAGGGGUAAAGGAAUUAUCAAUGUUGAUGCUCACGAUGUCAGGGGGCGUACUCCACUACACAAUGCAGUCACAUCAGCUAAUCUGGCUGGAACCAAAGAGUUGAUCUCCUAUCAGGCAAAUCCACUUGCAGCUGACAAGAAAGGAAUGAAUGCUCUCCACCUUGCUUUGAAGAGCAACAGGAAAGGAAUAGUCAAUGCCCUAUUGGAGUUGUCUUGUGCCCCUGAGUUGAUCAGCCAUACUUGCAGCAAAGGGUACUCUGCAAUCCACCACGCUCUCCAUACGGGUCAUGGUGAAAUGAUACCAAAAAUGAUCGCAGCCCUCCGAUAUGAAGUACAAAGGAUCCAAGAUGAAGAAGGAAAUAACUAUCUCCAUAUAGCUGCAGCACAAGGUGAUGUCAAAGCUCUCAAGGCUCUCUUGGAUGUGUCUGAAAUCCACAAGCUGCUAAACGAACCCAACAACUGUGGCAUGACCCCUCUGCAUUCGGCCGCCACUGGAGGACACUCUCAAUGCAUCAACCUCUUAUUAAAUGACGGGGCCAUGUUCCACAAAGCCUUGAAUGGUGAGACGGCAUUCAUGAUUGCUUGCAAGAAAGGCUUUACAAGUUGUGCCCAGCUACUGCUCCAGUCCCACCCAUGUCAGAUUACUAUGACAGAUGAUCGAGGCAACAGUGCUCUCCAUGCUGCAGCUCUCAGCAGAACAGCAUCCAUGAUAACUCUCAUACUGGACAGGCAAUGCAAGUUGAGCAUCAACUCAGAGUCUUCCAGUUUCCUGGACAUGUUGAUUGAUUGUGGUGACCUUGAUUGUGUAAUAGCCGUGAUCAACCACGACCGCUGGCAAGAGUGCCUGGACUUCCGAUCCCCUGUACGCUCCAGUCCAGUUUCCGGCCUCAUCGAGCAAAUGCCCAAAGCAGCCAAAGCAGUGCUAGAUCGAUGUCACUCAAGAGCCACCCUCGACAAGUCCCAUCCAGACUAUUGGGAGUCCUUCGACUUCAAGUACCUCUAUUGCCAGAAGUUGAGGAAGAGCAAAAUACACCCAGGAUCUUUAUUUGCUAUGAAUCUGUCAAUGUACCCUGAGGCAGACGACAUCACUGAAACCACAGUCAAGUACAAGGGGAAUGUUCAGAGGACAUCAUCUCUUGAUCAGAGUACUGUGAGCAAGACGAGAGUCAGUUACGGCCGACAGACAAUGAAAAUCCUACAGAAGAUGAAACAAUUUAAACGGCAAGCUCUUCUCACUCACCCAGUAGUGAAUGCUUUUUUGGAAUCGAAAUGGCGAAGGUACGGGAAUAUCUACUACUUCAGUAUGUAUGCCUUCCAGGCGUUGAUAGUUGGCUUGCUGUCAGUUUUUGUUCUCAUCGUUCCUAACACACUUCAAGUACUAGCCAGUUUCAAUGAAACAGCUGCUCAAACUGUCAACUUGGAUGAAUUGUUCGCUCUGAAGCCGGGACCUCAAGCGAUUCGUGCAGUAGUCUUAUUACUCAAUUCCAUCUACUUGAUAUAUCUUCUCUUCAAUUUUGUUAUGUUCAUCAAACGCAGAGGAGGCCUCAGUCCAUUCCUGCAGGCAACUGUUUGGGUCAAUCUCCUCACUGUGAUCUUCAUCUACGCCUUCCUUGGCUUCCCCAACCCCAUUGCUGCAUGGCCAGUCGGGGCUUUCAGUUGCUUUUUUGCUUGGCUAUCACUUCUCCUCUCGCUGGAGCAUUUGUCACUGGCAGGGACCAUUGUUAAAAUGUUUCUGGAGGUUGCCAAAACAGUAUUCCUUGUACUCUGUGUCAGUAUUUUCCUGCUGAUUGCAUUUGCCUUCGCAUUUUACAUCCUAGCUGGGAGUCUCAGUGAAUUUGAUAAUGUUGGCUAUGCCUUUCUUUCUGUGUUUGGUUUCAUGCUGGGAGAGCUGCCCUAUGACAUGUACAUCAGACAAGAAUCUGCUGGAUACCUUGCAUUCGGAAAAAUAUUUCUGGUAUUUAUGAUGUUUCUGGCAAUCCUGCUGAGCAUUGUCCUUGCAAAUCUGCUCAUUGGAUUGGCUGUUGGGGACAUUGAACGAGUAAAAUUGAACGCUAUACUACAGAGAAAGGAUAUUGAGGUUGAAUUCUUCUCUCAGCUAGACGCCUCGAUACCGAGAGGGUCUCUGAAACGCUUCUCUCUUCCCUUGUACACUGUCUACCCAAACAAGAAUCGUUCGAUAUGGUCAUUAUGGCGAGACAGUUGGAAGUGGAUCGAGGCUCAGAUAGAGCCGGAACAGUCUGAUAAUUCAAGUGCUGCAGGCGUCGCCGCAUAUGCAUAUGUCUCUGAGAUCACUGAAUUAAAGCAUCAUGUUCUCGAGUUGAAGGAGUCCAUGCAGCAGAUGCAAGAAGCCAAUGCUGAGUUCAGAAGACGCUAUCGAGGACUAUCAGCUACUAGCAUGAACUCUGUGAGUAUGGACUUCGAUCCUGCUGAGGAGCUCAAUGAGAGUUGGAAUAAUGGGAAAAGCUGCUAGUACAAACACUGUUGUAUGUUGUAUAGUACUAGUAACUAUAGUGUGUCUAGUUUAUUUCUGAGUUCCUUGCUCUCUUUGGAAGGUUUUUUGUAAUUUAUUCCAGUGCACACUAUAAUACUAUACCAGCCCCUC